GGCUUGGCUUGGCUUUUUGGUCUUUGCAUGACUUGUGUGUUUUGCUGUUGACCAUUGAGAACCAGGGACGAGGGCAAAGAGAAGCUUCGAAGCUGUGGAAAUGGCGGCCUGUCGUCUCGGAAGAUCGGCGUUGAAAGCCGGGCAGACCUCUUUGCGCCAGGCAUCUACGUCUGCGAAUAAUGGCAGUAAAAAAUCGCUGAAUUGGGGAGCCAAGGCGUUUGGAUCUCUUGGUGGAGCUGGUCUGUUCACUGGUCUCGUCAUCGGAGGACAGGUUUUUGCUUCAGAAUUCGAUAUAAAGCCAUCGAAGCUACCAUGGUACUACAAGGGUAUCUUCAGAUCUUUCGAUCAUGCAGCACUUCGUCGUGGAUACCAGGUGUAUGCUCAGGUAUGCGCUGCCUGCCACAGCAUGGACAUGGUGUAUUGGUUCCAGCUUGUGGAUGUUUCCCACACUGAGAAGGAGAUCAAGGCUAUGGCGGCCGAGCACCUGUAUGAGGAUGGUCCCGAUGAUAAUGGAGAUAUGUUCCAGCGGCCUGGUCGGCCCUUCGAUCCUCUUCCCAGCCCAUACAAGAACGACAAGGAAGCACGCGCGGCCAAUGGUGGUGCCCUGCCUCCCGAUCUUAUGACAAUCAGCCGUGGUAGACAUGGUGGCCCGGACUACAUCUUCCAUCUGCUUACCGCCUACUAUGAUGCCCCUGAGGGCGCGAAAGUGGGUGAGGGGCAGCACUUUAACGCCUACUUUCCCGGACACUCGAUCGGCAUGGCCAAGGCGCUAUACCCUGGCGUCAUGGAGUACGAGGAGGGCGACGAUACAACGCCCACAGUCAGUCAGAUGGCUAAGGACGUUGCAGAAUUCCUCGAGUGGUCAUCCGCUCAGUACAAUGACGAUAGAAUGCGGCUUCUAACGAAGUUUGGUAUCGCCAUCGGCCUCCUGGCUAUGGGCUCCUACUUCCUUCAGCGCCGCUACUUCGCCAGAGACUUUAGCAAGCGAGUCAUUUACAGUGAGCUACCCAAGAGAAAGUAAAGCAGCAUUUCAAUAUACAUAGUCCAAUAAAAACCAUGCUCUGUAUUUUCCGCUUUCUGUAUUGCAGCAACCGUGACGAGCGUUAGGGUGGCUGGUAGGGGUGAUGAGAGUGUUCAUUUUUGACACAUAGAUCACUUGUUCUCACCGACUGAUCGAGGACUCGAUCAUUUUGAGUGAUUCAUGAAAAUUACUCUAGUGCGCAUUCAGUUUGUUUGUCAAGCGCUUUAUAUUUAUUGGUUCUGCUUGCGGCCUCCGCAUUUCUUGGAAAAUGCCAGACGAUCCUGGUAGUAUUUUA